CCCGUCGUCAACUCCGUCAGCAGCACCCCGCGACUCUCUCUGCCUGCAGAGCGAAUGUCGAUGUCAUCGCUGACCUCGCGGCUGUCGCCAUGGCGACGACUGCCCCGCGCGGCCACGCGCCCCGGCGCCUGGGAUUGGCUGCCCUCGGCGCCCUCCGCCUCGGCCAAUCGCGGACGAGGAGGCGCCGGGCCGGUCCAUCCUGACGGAGCAAAUUCACUCUCAGCGAAGGCGGACCAGUUCAAGGCCGUUCAGGUCCAUCCUGACGGAGCAAAGUCGCUCACAGAGAAGGCGGACCAGUUCAAGGCCAUUCAGGUCCAUCCUGACGGAGCAAAGUCGCUAGUAGCGGCGAAGGCGGACCAGUUCAAGGCCAUUCAGGUGGAUUCUGACGGAGCAAAUUCACUCUCAGCGAAGGCGGACCAGUUCAAGGCCGUUCAGGUCCAUCCUGACGGAGCAAAGUCGCUCACAGAGAAGGCGGACCAGUUCAAGGCCAUUCAGGUCCAUCCUGACGGAGCAAAGUCGCUCACGGGGAAGGCGGACCAGUUCAAGGCCUUAACGGUCCAUCCUGACGGAGCAAAUUCACUCACAGCGAAGGCGGACCAGUUCAAGGCCAUUCAGGUCGAUCCUGACGGAGCAAAGUCGCUCUCAGCGAAGGCGGACCAGUUCAAGGCCUUAACGGUCCAUCCUGACGGAGCAAAGUCGCUAGUAGCGGCGAAGGCGGACCAGUUCAAGGCCAUUCAGGUCCAUCCUGACGGAGCAAAGUCGCUCACAGAGAAGGCGGACCAGUUCAAGGCCAUUCAGGUCCAUCCUGACGGAGCAAAGUCGCUCUCAGCGACGGUGGACCAGUUCAAGGCCAUUCAGGUCCAUCCUGACAGAGCAAAGCCGCUCACGGCGAAGGCGGACCAGUUCAAGGCCAUUCAGGUCCAUCCUGACGGAGCAAAUUCACUCUCAGCGACGGUGGACCAGUUCAAGGCCUUAACGGUCCAUCCUGACGGAGCAAAGUCGCUCUCAGCGAAGGCGGACCAGUUCAAGGCCAUUCAGGUCCAUCCUGACGGAGUAAAUUCACUCUCAGUGAAGGCGGACCAGUUCAAGGCCAUUCAGGUCCAUCCUGACGGAGCAAAUUCACUCUCAGCGAAGGCGGACCAGUUCAAGGCCGUUCAGGUCCAUCCUGACGGAGCAAAGUCGCUCACAGAGAAGGCGGACCAGUUCAAGGCCAUUCAGGUCGAUCCUGACGGAGCAAAUUCACUCUCAGCGAAGGCGGACCAGCUCAAGGCCAUUCAGGUCCAUCCUGACGGAGCGAGGGAGCCCCAGGACGGAGCGAGAGACCCCCCGGACGGAGCGAGAGACCCCCAGGACGGAGCGAGAGACCCCCAGGACGGAGCGAGAGACCCCCAGGACGGAGCGAGAGACCCCCCGGACGGAGCGAGAGACCCCCAGGACGGAGCGAAGGACCCCCCGGACGGAGCGAGGGACCCCCAGGACGGAGCGAGAGACCCCCAGGACGGAGCGAGGGACCCCCAGGACGGAGCGAGGGACCCCCCGGACGGAGCGCCCGGGCGAGGCGAGGUGGACUUCGGCGACGGGCUGGCGCUCAGCUCAAAGUCCACCUGGGAGAUUCUCCGGGCGCUGAUCGUCCUGCGGCUGUGCUCCUCCCAGCUGCUGACGAGGCACUCGCUCUGGCUGAUGCGCGCGUCACGUCGCCUGCUGGGCCCGAGGCUGCACGAGGCGGCCAUGAGGGCCACGUUCUAUGGGCAGUUCGUGGCGGGCGAGGGGCCUGGUGCAGUGAUGGAUGCCGUGAGUCUCAUGAGGAGGAGGGGGCUCAGGGCCCUGCCCGCUGUGCCCAUCGAAGAGGACCUGGGGGAGGGGCGCUCCGGAGAGGAGUGGUACGAGGGCAAUGUUCGCGCUAUUGAGGAGUGCGUGGAGUUGGCCUCUCGCCUGGACGCGGUGCCGAUGAUGCAGCUCAAAGUGACCGCUCUGCUGAGCGCCACUCUCUGU